AUCUCUUCUUUCUCUCGAAAAUAACUCAUCAUGCCCGCUGGUAAACUUUCUGUCACUCCCUGUACCAUUAACGGUCUUGCCGAAAACGGUUAUCCCACUUCUCAUACCUUUAUCGGUUGUUACGUCUCUCAAGCCGAGAAACAAAGAACAAAUUCUGCUAGUGGCCCUGAGCCUCAUUUCCAAGACACUUUAAAGUGUAACGUAGGUGAACAUGAUGAAACCCUUUACCUCGAUGUCAUCAAUGAAGACCCUUCCCGCCCUGGACCCGUUGGUUCUGCUAAAUUACCCUUGGCCUCUGUUUUCACUGCUGGUACCUUUGAAAACUGGGUCCCUCUUGCCGCCCCCACUGGUCAACAUCUUGGUCACAUCUAUAUCAAAUUAGCAUUCACUCCUGAAUCCGCUCCUGCUUAUGGCGGCUAUGACCAAAAGACAGAAUCUCCCCAUACUCCCGUACCUGAGCAACGUGCCUUGUACGGUGAACAACAACCCGCUUACGCUUCUCCUUCUCAGGCUUACCAAACCGGUUCUCCUAGCCCAUAUCCCGUUGGUGCUGCCGCUGGUGCUGCCGGUGUUGCUGGUGCUGCUGCUAGCUAUGGUGCUGGAAACACUUAUGCUCCUGUCGCCGGUACCCCUCCUGUUGCUGGUACUCCUCCUGUUGAUGGUGCUACAGGUGCCACUGCCAAGCCCAAGAAGAAUGCUCCUGAAUGGAUGAAAUAUGGUGGUGCUGCUCUUGCUGGUGCUGCUGCUGUAGGUCUUGGUGCCUGGGCCGUAGAUGCUCUUGGUUCCGAUGAAGAAGAAGAAAGAGCAGAGGCCGAAAAGAGAGCCUUUGAAGCAGGUCAACAAAGUUCUGAACAAGAGACUUAUCAAGCCUAUGAGCAACAACGUUCUUUCAACGAAGAACAAGAAGAAAUUUAUGAAGAACGUAGAGAAAGAGAAGAAGAACUUCAUGAAGAACGUCUUGAGGAAGAGCAAGAAAGAUACGAAGAACGUCUUGAAGAAGAGGAAGAACGUCGUGAAGAAGAAGAGGAAAGAUAUGAAGAGCGUCUUGAAGAGGAAGAAGAACGUCGUGAGGAGGAAGAGGAACGUCGUGAAGAAGAGGAAGAAGAGCGUGAAGAAGCAGAGGAAGAACGUCUUGAAGAGGAAGAAGAACGUCGUGAAGAGGAGGAAGAACGUCGUGAAGAAGAAGAAGAGGAGCGUGAAGAAGAAGAGGAAGAGCGUCGCGAAGAAGAAGAAGA